AUGCCAUCCCAACGGCGCGUCCGCGGCGAAGCAAGCAAGAUCCAAAACCAAGAAUUCUACAAAACAACCCUAAACGCCAUGCGCGCGAAGGAAGAUGCCAAGAAUGCGAAACCGCAACAACCCAUAAUGCGGCCUGGUGAUAGUGCGGACGCGGAUACAGAGCGUCCCGCGGUGCCGGUGGCGAUGGGUGGGAAGAGUAGCGAGCACGCGCAGGAGGGUGAGAUGGAGGAGAUUCCUAUUGCUGGACGGACGAAGAUGACUGUGCCGAAGAUGAAGGGUCAGAAUGGUGGUGGUGGUGGUGCUGUGCAGGGUGGUGCGGUGCAGGGUUCUGAGAAGACGGGUGAAGAGGUUGUGGUUGAUCAUACGGAGGCGAAGAGUGAACUUAAUGAUAUUCUGAAGCGGUCUCCCAUAAUCAUCUUCUCCAAAUCAUACUGUCCCUACAGCAAAAAGGCCAAGCACAUUCUGCUAGAGCGAUACGCUAUUUCGCCGAAGCCGUUUGUCGUCGAGUUGGAUCAGCACCCGAUCGGUCCGAAACUGCAGGACCUUUUGGCGCAUAAUACUGGGAGAAGGACGGUGCCGAAUGUUCUGGUCAAUGGGAAGAGUAUUGGGGGUGGUGAUGAUAUUGCUGCUCUGGAUCAUAGUGACGAGCUGGUCUCGGCGCUAAGAACGAUGGCCCGAUUUUAUCCUCCCGACAUCGACAAUUCAACCCCCUCGGCCAACAACACCCACGCAGUCAAGAUGCGGUACAUUCACUCCGAGGAACGGCUGCCCAUUCCGGACAAUGUCAAGGUGAACAUUCGUUCGCGUGUUGUCACUGUCGAGGGCCCCCGCGGCAAGCUCGUCAAGGACCUCUCCCACAUCGCCGUCACCUUCGGCCGCCCCGAGGAGAAGGUCAUCUCCAUCGAGCUGCACCACGGUGCCCGCAAGGGUGUCGCUACCCUCCGUACCGUCCGCACCAUCAUCAACAACCUGAUCAUCGGUGUCACCCGCGGCUUCCUGUACAAGAUGCGUUACGUCUACGCCCAUUUCCCCAUCAACGUCAACGUCGAGAAGAACGACGAGACCGACCGCGCUGAGGUUGAGAUCCGUAACUUCCUCGGUGAGAAGUACGUUCGCCGCAUCACUGCCCAGCCCGGUGUUGAGAUCUUCCCCUCUCCCAACGUUAAGGAUGAGCUCCAGCUCUCCGGUAACUCCCUGGAGGGUGUCUCCCAGAGUGCCGCCGACAUCCAGCAGAUCUGCCGUGUUCGCAACAAGGAUAUCCGUAAGUUCCUUGACGGUCUGUACGUGUCGGAGCGGGGCAACAUCAUUGAGGAGUAA